AUGGGGUUCAAGACAGAAAAGAAGACGAAGCCUAACCGCAAAACCAGUUGGGUCAUGCUCGCCGAGAAUGGCGGGUACACACCUCUCCCUGGCGAACAGACACUCUACCAGUCUCCUCCUCGAACCACACUCUCGCUACAGACUAGCCAUCGGAAUCACCCCAGCGAGUCGUACUCGCAGCAAUGCAAGUCGGGCGUUGUAUACCUCACAAAUCGACGGAUGAUCUACCUCCCCGUCACCCCAACACCCCAACUCCAAUCCUUCGCCGUACCCAUCCUCAACGUCACAGAUUCCCGCGUAACAGCACCCUGGUUCGGCGCAAAUAAAUGGGAAGCCAUCAUCCAGCCCGUCCAAGGUGGCGGCAUACCACCGCAGCACGCCGAGCUAGACCUGGUCAUGGAGUUCAAGGAAGGCGGCGCGUUCGACUUCGCAAGCAUAUUCGAGCGGUUAAAGGAGCGGUUACGGCAAGCUGUUGAGGUAGCGCGGGAGAGUGGUGGUGACAUGGAAGAUGGAAGCAGAGGCGUUGACGGUGUCAACAUGAACAACGUACACCUGGAAGACCUACCUGCAUACGAGGAGAGCAGACAACACGCCAGAGUUCCAGAGCCUCCUCUUAGCCCGCCGUUGGAUGGUUCUGCAUUUGGUACCGGCGGUCCUGUUAUUGCGGCACCCACGCCAUCAAGCCCACAAGCAUCCAGUCCGUUGUCGAGCCCGCGAACACAACAGGAGCAUUUUGAGCCUCCAUCAGACCCACCGCCAGGAUAUGAGGAGGUUCAGAGAGGUAGCAUUGCAGACGAACUGGAAAGACAGGUGAUGAAUAAUCCAUGGCAGGAAGAGGAAGCAAGGCGGUGA